GAACUGGAGAGGAAGCGGGGGAGGAACUCAACGAAAGCGAGUCAAAAAAUGGGGGGCGAGGCUAAACCCAGUCAAGACAGUAGCAGCGGUGGAGGGUUCAAGUCACGAAUGGUGUACUAUAUCAACAGUGGGGAAAAGAAGCAUGUCUUCGCCGGAGUGGCAAUUAUCAGUGCUGUCUUUGGGAUCCCUUGGUACCUCAUGACUAGAGGAUCAAAGCAACAUUCUCAUCAGGAUUACAUGGAAAAGGCCGAUAAAGCUCGACAGGAAAGGCUUUCUCCUGGUUCAUCUUCUGCUACAUGAUUUCUUAUACCUUUUCCAGUGAUCUCCUUGAUAAGUGGUCGAGUGGACCUUUGUUGUUUGGCACUCCCUUUUAAGUCUCCCUCUCCUACCCACAAGUGGCUGUGUUGAUCCAUGAGGCAUGUUUUCAGUGUCCAGUUUUGGGAGAACUUCUGUUUAUUUUCUUUUUCAGUUGCCAUACCUGGGCUGAGACCUUGGAAGUGUUUAGGGGGUUGAUAUGAAUAACGCUUGACUACUUAAACACUAUAUUCAAUCAAUUUGAUGUUGCAGACCAUGCUUAAAUGUGGCAUGUAAGCACAUUAAUAAGAUUAUAUGCACCGUCUUACGUAGUA